GAAAACUGUAGUGUAUUUGCCAUAAGAUUGACGAGAAAUCCAGCUUUAUCUUAUAUCUGCUUUAUUAUGUAUUGUUAGACGCACUGAUAAUAACUAUUUGAACCGGGACGCUUUACAAGAAACACGUUUGUCAGUGUAAGCAAAAAUGAAGAACAGCACCUUGGUGUACCCUAUUUAUUUCAACGUGGCAGAGUACGGCCUGUUUGGUAUAAUUUUGGGUGGAAUAGUGGCGAUUAUUAUAUAUUAUAAUGUUGUUAAUAGAAAAAAUAAGACUGUGGCCGGGUUUCUGUUUGGCGGGAAAAAUAUGUCGAUUUUCUCCGGUUCGUUGGGUCUUAUUGCCAGCCAUCUGACAAGUAUCACAUUGCUCGGCGUGCCUGUAGAGAUAUACUUGAGGGGUACACAAUACUGGGCAUCGGCGCUGUCCCUUAUCUUAGUGACUAUUCUAACAGCUGUGAUAUAUUUACCAGUUUUCCACCGUCUGCAACUGUCAUCAAGCUUCGAAUACUUGGAAAUAAGGUUCUCCACACACACGCGCACCAUCGCUGCAGUGUUGUUCGUUGUCAGCAAGCUAAUGCUUCUGCCAAUAGUGCCUUACGUUCCAAUGUUGGCGUUUAGAUUAGUUACAGACCCUCUAGCAGGCCGCGCAACCGCAGUAAUUUGCGUCCUCUGCGCGACGUUCACAGCGGUAGGCGGCCUUCAAGCUAUAGUCAGCAUUGGAAUACUGACGUUCUUCCUAUCAUUCGCUGGUACGGCGCUGCCAACUGGCUUAGCACUGCUGCCAAUGGGGAUAAAGAGGAUGUGGGAGAUUGCUAGUCAUGGUGACCGGUUGGUGCUAUAUGACCCCGACCCCGAACUGGCGCACCACACGUCUUUCCUAACCGUGACUUUAGCUCUAAGCACAAAUUGGCUCUGGAAGGUAGCCCUCAGCCAGUCAUCUCUGCAGAAACUCCAGGCGGUACCGACAAUAGCUAAAGCCAGGAUUUGUCUGGCGAUCUCCUGCUUGGGAGUUAUUUUGAUGAAACUACUGUCAUGUCUUCUUGGGCUGGCCCUUUAUGCCUGGUUUGCAGGCUGUGACCCAUUAUUGUCCGGGCAGAUUAAGAAACAUGAGCAGCUGGUUCCACAGUUUUUACACAGCUUGUCAAGCAUGUUUCCUGGAGUAUGUGGUAUUUUUAUCAUCGCCAUUUUCAGCGCCACUACGGGGUGUAUUGCCACUACAAUAAAUUCAGUAUCGGGGGUUCUUUUUGAAGAGUUCAUUAGACCUUGGAUGCCACAGAGCACGAGUGAACUUGCCUGCUGUAAAAUUAUGAAGCUCCUCUGCGUUUUAGUAGGGGCAUACUGCGCAGGAGUGGUGUGGUGCGCGCGAGAGCUUGAUCGGCUGCAACACGUAGCGUUCGGGGUGACAGGUGUCACUGCCGGCACUCUGUUGGGACUGUUCACUCUGGGAAUUGUUUUCUCUAGGGCUAAUUGUUCUGGCGCGCUAAGCGGCUGCCUGCUGAGCCUGCUGUUGUGCGGUUGGCUCCUCAUUGGGGCAGAGAAUGCUCUCGCCUCGGGGGCGUUGACCUUUCAGGGGAAGCACUUAGCUACCACGGGGUGCGGCAAAGUCAACUUUACGCACGUCUUGGUUAAUCUUACCAGUAGCUUGCCUAGUGCCGCAAACCAAAUCCCUACAAAACCGCUUCAGUCACUCUUCAAAAUAUCGUUCACCUACUGUCCAUUUGCUGGGGUGAUGUCGGUACUCCUCAUCGGAGUUCCAAUGAGCUACCUCACAGGAAAAUCAAGAACCGAGUCCAUAAACCCUGACGUCUUCUGCCCACUUACACAGAGUUUCCUACACAAAUCUCAAAUGAGGAGUCCGACGGAAUCUUUAGAAGUCAGACCGCCAGACACACAAGAAGUAUAUGAAGCACUAGACGAAGCGUUAAAACAAUUGAAAGACGUUAUGGACCGAUAAAAAAUUGGACCCGUCAAAAGUUGGAGAAGGUAGAA